AUGCCAUCAUCUCCACGGGUACCAGCACUUUCACCAAGAUCUCCUCCUGAAAAUGUCAAAGUUACUUCACGUGGGACACAAAGCGCCAAAAUUUCAUGGAGCCCACCAAAUGAUAUAGAUUGUACAGGAGAACUUAUAGAUUAUGUAAUUAACAUUAAUUCUUCUCGUUUAAUAGAACCAAUGGUUAUCAAAGUUCCAAGAUCAAGGAGAAGUCAUGUUGUUGAAAACCUUAUUCCUGGAACUUUUUACACUGUACAAGUGUCAGCAACUAAUAGAGGUGGAUUAGGUGUACCAUCGAAAAUGAUUCACUUUCAGACGAGUGGUGAACUUCCAAAAAUAGAUCCAGAUGAAUUAGAGACGAUAGAAAUGACUGAUUCAACUUUGGAAUUUAAUAUGGAGAAACAAAAUGCUGAUUUCUUUGAAGAUGAAAAUAAAGCAGACGAUUGGAUUGAUUCAUCACAACAACAUCAACAAGGUGGAAAUUCACCCUUAUACGUUAUACCAUCACGAAUUCAUAAUCUACGCGCAACUGUUACCCAAACCUCAAUAAAAUUAAAAUGGUCAGUAGCACUAAGACAAAUCAACAUGGAAAGUGAAACACACCUGUUUGACAAUAUAGAUUAUGAGUAUACCUCAUUAAUUAACCCAAGACAUUUAAUUCCUGUUUCAAUGAAAAGUGAAGGCCAUUCAACUGAUAAAACGGGAUUAUUACCACCAGGAACAAAGUAUGUUAUUCGAUGGGGUGAUAUGCAUCCAGGCCCAUCAGAGGAUACAGUUCAAGGAGAUCAAACACAGUAUACAAUUGAAAAUCUAAGACCCGGGACUGUUUAUUAUAUUCGUGUGAUAUCCGUCACUGAAGGUGGAAAUGGUCCGGCAGCUUAUACUGUUGUCAUGACUCAAGAUUCUUCAACAACGACUAAAACCAUAAAUCACGGUUUACUGAUACCUGUCAAUUUAGUUGUCCGACAAUUAGGUUCUACUUGGGCACGUAUAGGUUGGGAAAUGCCUAAUAUUCCACAAUCUGUUAAAAUGUCAAUUAGUGGAUUUCAAGUAAAGUAUUAUCAGGUAAAAUCCAGCAGUCAAGAUGAAUAUAAAAAUGAGUUGGAAGAUUCAAUUUCAAUUGGGGAAAAAUCUUCGACAGAACAGUCGGUUGAUAAAAGUCAUGAAAUGAAAUUCAUCAAUAUGACCGUAUCACCGAAUCAGUUUCAGGCGGAAAAUUUUGAUUUAACUCUCCGCAAUCUCAAACCUGCAACUCAAUACGAGUUUGGUGUUCGUAUGCUGAACAAUGAAAUGACAAUAGACAGACAAGACAUAGACAACCAUCAGAGGACAGCAAAGAAUUAUUUUUGGAGUAUGGUUCAAGGAUUUGAGACCUUUGGUAGAAGUCCAAAAGAUGCCCCAUCAAACAUACGAUUGACAAAAUUAAAGCUAAACAAUCGAUUGCAUACGAAACUUCAGCUACUAGACUUCUCAUCAGCCAGCACUUCUACUACUUCUACAACAGUUUCUUCUGAACCUGAAGAUUCUUCAACUUCAGUGCAUGCCAACAGAAACCAUGAAAAAGAUAGUCCCAGUUCACGACUUGCUGUAACAAUGUUAAUUAAAUGGGAUCCACCAAGUUAUCCAAAUGGAAGAAUUCUUGGGUCAGUUUUAUAUUUAACUACUAACUCAAAACAGUCUAAAGGGAAAUGGAUAGAAAGAUCAGUAAACGGAAAAAGUACAGAGGCUGGCUUAUUAAGAAUGCAACCGAAUACACUAUAUUUUGUUCGAAUUAUUGCAAGAAAUCAAAAUGGGAGAUCACCGUAUUCAUCUAUCAUCGCCUUUUAUACACCAAACGCUGAUGGAACUGGUGGAGGCAUAAUCAAAUUCUCUAAAAAUUAUUAUAAUCUACACGAUAUUGAUGAACCACUAGACAGACUUAUACCAUUUCCAAAUGAAGAGGAAUUAAACAGCCUAUUAAAAUUACAGUCUAACACUGAUACUAGUAAUAAUAAUAAUAAUAAAUUAAUUGAAACUGAAAAUAUCCACUGGAUUAUCCUAGGAGGUGUACUUGGCGGUGCAUUAGUUAUUAUGAUUGUUAUUACAAUGGUUCUGUUAAGCCGAUGUCGUAGAGCAAAAACUUCUACGACUAGUUUAACUAAAAGAUUAUCAAAUAGAUCACCGUACAAUUUGUCUACAUAUUCAAAUUGUCGUCAACAUGAAGCCACUGUACAUGGACAUGAGUGUUUACAAAAGAAUGCAUCAUUUCAUGUGAAUGAUACAUGUUUAAAUGCAAAUGUUCUAGGAAGUUGCAGUCCAGCAGAAACUUUAGCUGGUGGUUCAAAUCCUGGCUCCUUGGGAGUGUGUACAGGGCAUUCAAUUACAAAUGAACAAAUUAAUCAAGGUAUUCGUAUGAAUUAUUAUCCAACGCAGAAUUCUACUUGUUUACAUUCUGAUUGCAAUACGAAAAAGAUUACAGAAACCGUACCACUACUGACUACUAAUCAGUGUAAUUGUGUUACAUCGAGUGAUGCAACAACACCGAUGAAUUGGUUGUCAAAUAAUGGUGCAUUUAACAUUGGUAUGCCUGCUGGAGGAGGUUACUUUGAAGAUAGACACUCUACUUCAGCAGAAAGUGAACCAGAUGGUAACAGUUCAAUAAAAAUGACUAACUGUCAUGAGGAUGGAAGGAAGUGGAGAAAUAACGCGGGCUGUAAUAAAUUCGGUUUGAAUAAACAAUGGCCAAAUGAUAGUACAGAAUCAGCCAAUAUAAAAACAUCAAGUCCUCAUGAAAUGACAUUAUCAUACCUUGCCACCGGUGUUCAAAAUCCAGUCAACUGUCAUACACACUGUUGUCAACAACAACAACAGCAACAACUGAAAAAUAUGGUGAAUCCAGGUGGAUACAAAACUGCCACAGCUAUUCCAAUGCUACCGCCUGUGGCUAAUUUACAAAUGUCAUGCUGUAAUAAUGCUAACAGUCUACAGACAAAUUUUAAUCGUUCACGAGAUUUUCGAAGUAAUCAAAUGAAUAAAAUGACUGGAGAGCAUGGGUUAACAGGAAGUGGUAGUCUUACAGAUGAAGUGACAGCAUCAUCACCAGGAAGCAGUGCUACUGGACGUACACAUGGUUAUUUAAGUCAAAUUUCACCGUCUCCAACAAAUACCAGCCUAAAAUUUAAAAAAUAUAAUCGGAUCAUAGGAAAAUAUGAUGACGAUUAUGAUACUAAUGAUAAAUUGAUACUGAUGACAGGCAAUAUGAACUGUAAACGUGAUGCGAAUUUCAGAAUUUCAGAUAAUAAAUUUGACGGACUUGGAACACGUCAAAAGUUAAGCGUAAAUCCCCCAAAUGAUCAGCCAAACAUUUCACCAAUACCGCUGAGAAAAUAUCAUGGUAGUAAAGGUCAAAUACUAUGUGAUAAUCAAAGUGAAAGGUGUCAAAAUCUUGGAACAGGGAUAACCUCUCGAAAUAAUGCAUUGAGCUCUGACUAUGCAUCACAGCAAAGCAGCCUAAGUAAUAAGUCGAGUGGUUCAAGCGCAGCGAAUCAUGGAUUUUCACCAGAGAAAAAUGCCAGUUAUCCGAACAAAGUACCAGUUAUAGAUAUGAAUAAUACAAAUAAUCAAGAUAUAGGAGCAUCUUUUGUACUGGAUCGUGUACCGACACCAGAGCCACAGCACAGAACAGGACCAUUUGCAAGGUUAAUGCAAUAUAAUUUAUCAGAUCAACAGGUUAGUAGGCUACAGAUACACGAUAUGGACGAUUAUCAACCAAAUAAUAUGGGAAAUAAGAGUAGUACAGUUCAGUCACCUGGCGUAAUGAAAAGAAAGACGCUAAAUAUCAGUGGAAAGGACACUUCAGAAUUUACUAAGCGUGAAAUAACUCCUGAUACACCAGACAGUAUAUCUGAACAGGAAAUGAUGCGAGGUUUCAGUACAGAAGAACUCAACCAAGAAAUGGCCAAUUUAGAAGGAUUAAUGAAAAAUUUAUCAGAAAUCACACAAAAGGAAUUUACCUGUUAA